GUGACCGGCGGAGGCGCGGGGUGUCCGCGGCCGGGCAGGACCGCGCGCCGCCGUGGCCGCGUCUGCCCGUGCGCCCUGGGCGCCCGGCCCCGCCGGCCUGCGGCUGCGUCCGGCGCCGCCCGCCGAGCAUCCCCGGCCCCGCGCACCUUGCCCGACGCACCUGCGCGCGCGCCGGCCGCCGGCAGCCCGGCCCGUGCCCUGCGGACGCCCAGCUGCCCCCGCGGGCUCGGCCCCGGCCCUGCUUCCGCGUCUGCCCUGCGCCGCGGCCGGGCCCCGGCGCAGCGCUGCGGAGGGCACGGGCCGGCCGGAGCCCGGCGGGGGCCGGCGCGGCGAUGAUGAACAGGUUCCGAAAGUGGCUGUACAAACCCAAGAGGUCGGACCCGCAGCUGCUGGCUCAGUUCUACUACGCGGAUGAGGAGCUGAACCAGGUGGCCGCCGAGCUGGACAGCCUGGACGGGCGCAAGGACCCUCAGCGGUGCACGCUGCUUGUCAGCCAGUUCCGCGCCUGCCAGGACAGUGUGUUGAACAUCAUCAACCAGAUCAUGGACGAGUGCAUCCCCCAAGAGCGCGCCCCCCGGGACUUCUGUGUCAAGUUCCCCGAGGAGAUCCGGCACGACAACCUGGCUGGCCAGCUGUGGUUCGGUGCCGAGUGCUUGGCCGCUGGCUCCAUCAUCAUGAACCGUGAGCUGGAGAGCAUGGCCAUGCGGCCGCUGGCCAAGGAGCUGACCCGCAGUCUGGAGGAGGUGCGGAGUGCCCUCCGUGACCAGGCGCUGCGAGACCUCAACACCUACACGGAGAAGAUGCGGGAGGCACUGAGGCACUUCGACCUGCUGUUCGCAGAGUUUGAGCUGAGCUACGUCUCAGCUAUGGUGCCUGUGAAGUCCCCCAGGGAGUACUACGUGCAGCAGGAAGUAAUCGUGCUGUUCUGUGAGACGGUGGAGAGGGCCCUGGACCUCGGGUACCUGACCCAGGACAUGAUUGAUGACUAUGAACCGGGCCUCAUGUUCACCAUCCCGAGGCUGGCCAUCGUAUGCGGCCUUGUGGUCUACGCGGAGGGACCCCUGAACUUGGACCGCAAGGUGGAGGACAUGUCUGAGCUCUUCCGGCCCUUCCACACGCUGCUGCGGAAGAUAAGGGACCUGCUGCAGACGCUGACAGACGACGAGCUGCACACGCUGGAACGCAGCCUCUGUGUCUCCCAGGAUGCCGAGCUGCCCAUCAGGGCCGAGGCCUUUCCCGCGCCGCUUGCCCCCGAGGAGCCGCUCCCAGCCCAGGCCGAAGCCCCGGAGGCAGAGCUGGCCUGCUCCAUGCAGUACGACGAGAGGGAGCUGGAGCAGCUCAGCCGCAUGGUCCACCGGGCUGGGGAUGAGAUGUCAUCCCUGCUGUCGCCUGCUCACAGGCCAGGGGUCGAGGGCAGCCCCCGUGGGCAGGAGGCCUCCCCGGGGAGUGCGCGACCCCGGCUGGGCAGUGACGACGAAGAGCGAGUGUUCUUCAUGGAUGAUGUGGAGGGCACGGCCGAGGUUCCCUCAGGGCCCACGGCCCCACCCAGCGCGUUUACAGGGGCAGGUGACGCAGGGGCCCACCUGGAGAAGGCAGGGCCAAGCCCAGAAGCAGGGCCCACAGCUGAGGAGCUGGACGUGAGUAACAACAAUGUGGAGGCCAUCGAGGGGCUGGCGGCCGGCCUCUCAGGCUCCAGCUCCUGCAGCUGCCUGGACAGCCGGCCGUACCUGGACAGCUGGGAGGUGAGCGCCGACGCCGAGGCAGCUGAGCUGAUCGCCCACCGCACAGGGGGUAUGAGGCUCUCGGCCACUGUCAUCUUCAACCCCAAGUCGCUCGCCCCCUCAGGUGCCCCUGCAGACCGGGACAUCUCCUCCUCGGCUCCGGGGGCUGAGGGGACAGAGGCUGCUGCCCACGGACCCAGCAGCACGACCACCAAUGGCCUCCUUCACUCCUGCGUGUGCUGCGGGAGCUGUGGGGACAGUGGGGAGGACAGCGGGGAGAGGCUGCAAGGCAAGCACAGCUCUGAGGGCAUCACUGGCGCCUCCUACACUGUGGGCCCAGCCGAGGCCGGUGACAAGGGCCCCACGGGGCUGGACACCGCCCAGCCCAGCUCAGAGGCCCCGCUGUCAGCGGAAGACACCUCUGACAGGCAGGAGCCUGUGACCGCUACUUCCAAUAAGUGCCUGGUGCCCACCUUGGGUCCCCCAGGGAAUGCAGCUAACUCUCAAGGAGUGGGUGGAGCUGUGAAAGAGCUUGAGGCCAUGGCACAAGACGCUGGCAGGCCCCCAGAGGCCACGCGGCAGAGGCAGCCAGGAGAGAAGGCCGCCGAGGAGGCUUUGUGCCCGCCCGGCUCCAGUGGCUCCACAGCUGCCCGCUGCUCCUCUGACAAGAUGGGGCCAGGGACAGACCCCGCGACUGCCCGCGAGCGGAUCCGGUCCAGGUUCCACAGCAGCCACGACCUGGUUCACCGCCUGUUUGUCUGCAUUUCAGGUGUGGCCGACCAGCUGCAGACAAACUAUGCAAGUGACCUGAGAAGUAUCCUCAAAACGCUGUUUGAGGUCAUGGCCACGAAGCCUGAGGCCGAUGACAAGGAGAAGCUAAAGAAGGUCACCCAGACGCUGUGCAGUGCCAACCUGGAGGACUGUGCCCUGUGCCAGGAGACGCUGUCGUCCUCUGAAGUCGCAGCCAAGACCUGUGACGGGGACUUUGAAGAUCCCCCCGAAUGGGUGCCAGAUGAGGCUUGUGGGCUCUGCACUGCUUGUAAAGCCCCCUUCACCGUCAUUCGCCGCAGACACCACUGCCGCAGCUGCGGGAAGAUUUUCUGCUCCCGCUGCUCGUCCCACUCAGCGCCGUUGCCCCGCUACGGGCAGGUGAAGCCUGUGCGUGUGUGCACACACUGCUACAUGUUCCACGUCACGCCCUUCUACAGCGACAGGGCAGCGGUCUGACGGCUGCUACGCGGGCUAUACCCACCCUACCCGUGCCACCCCAGGCCCUGCCAGGGCCUCACUGCUGCAUCUCCGCUAGCCCCUGCCACUGCCGCCAUGGAACCAGC